UUGUACGACAAAAAUACUUAUACUCCGGAGUUUGAUAGUACUACGUAGUAAGCCCUCUGAGAAAAAUACGCUACGUAGUACUAGUAUGAACAACAGUAAUACUAGUAUUAAUCUACCAACGGAAGCGCGGCACUAAACGCAAGCGGCAGUGACCCACCCCCGUGGUGGUCUUGUGGCCGAAUGAUGAGCACUUGCCACGCCUUGACGUCCAUCACGACAAACGUGCCACUUGGCGUUCGAAAUGUUAACAACCCGUUCAAGACGGCUGACGCACGGUCCAAAUAGUACACGCCAUGGUGGUUCCAAUGGCGUAGGUCAAAUUGAUCUUGCGCCACCGCGUGCAAGAGGAGCGACGUCGCGCGUUUUGCGGUCCCCCGCCGAGCAAAACACACCCGAUCCAGUACAAAGCACCCGACGCAACACACCAUGGCCAGCACCAGUAGCCCCGCAAAUCGGUGGACGCUGCCGAUUUCCAGCACGCCGCUUUGACAUGUCAAAGCAAAAUCCACUUGUUGCACUAUGCAUUGCCGAUCGAUGCGCACCACAUGCUGCACUGGCGAGACCAAGCUCCACACCCCUGCUGCGAGCCACACCGAGGUACUUGAUUUCCACGCAUACCGCGACGUCGUGUCCGUUGUGACGACAGAGAACACGUCGUUGAGGAUGUACACAACCCAACCCAUCUCGCCACACGACAGUAUGGUUGUAAUGGCAUUUGGGGGGCUCGACGCCAGCUGGGUGAAGCCUGCGUGCAUAUUAUUUGGUUGGACGAGGUGCAAAGUGGCUGUGGACAAGAUGCAGGUGGCGGUGACGCCCCGCAGAAGCAUCAGUGGGCGACCAAUCCACACCAACCCCGCCACACGAUUGAACUCGAACAUGUUAACGCCCUCAAUGUAGCCCCGGUUCACCAGAAUAGUCAAGCACACCACAAACGCGACGAUCAAUAGCACCAUGGUAAAGUACUGAAGGGCCGAUCGAAGGUAGAACGCAACGUUCAGAGGAACUUCGAGCGCAUUCACUUCGAACAUGACGUUCGAUGGCCGCCCAGACACAACAGUCAUGCUGGCAAAAGCGCCGUCGAAUUGAACGACUUCGCGGUACCCCAGCAUCCACUCGAACAUGUACAGCCACGCAAAAAACUCAAACGUAGGCUCGUCAAAGACACCGACAUGCGACAACGCGGCAUUCGAUUGUGGCUGCCCAUCCCAAGUGUACUGGACAAUUUGGGGACUAUACAUGGAUUGAAUCGUAUGUUUGGUGGCGUCGGCAAGGUCGACCAACGCCAAGAGCUGGCGAGGCAACAUGGUCGACUCGAAAAACCGAACGCCUUGGAGCAAAGCGUCCUUGCAGCUAUUUUUUGCGAAUGUUUCAUGUUCACAUGUGUGUUCGAUCAACGUUUGGGGGCGAGUGGACUGGGUGAGCAACGCCGCCAUGGAGGAGAUUUUCGUGUCCAACGUUUGCUCAAUUUCGUUGGUCGCACACGACCCGUCCAGCGGAAAGAGCCCCGAGAGCUUGGGUUCGACAUGCGAGCCCAAGCUGCACAUGAAAUUCCCGCCAAUGUGGCUCAAUUCCCGCCAUGCGGCUAUGUCCGGUGUGAACAUGGUCAAAAUCUCGAUGGACGAGAAGACGUCGAGCGCCGUGGCGUUGUCGCCGAUGGAAAUGAGGAUGGCUUGGGUCAGAUUUUGAUACAGCACUCGCAACGGGAGUGGAGGGGCGAUGCGCUUCAUCGCUAUCGUGCCGAACGGGCCGAACGUCGCCCGCGUCAAGGCCAACCCUGCGUCCAAUGGGGACGGCAACGUGCCAUUUCGCACCAAGAGGCUUUCGACACUCGACUCGUUUGAAAACGCAAACUCGGGACUGGACCGGACGAGGCUGUGACCGGCCACCCCCGACGUAUUGGUGGACCCCACCGCCCACAGCAAACUGGCAAGGGGCCACUGCAUGCGAAACGAAGUAGGGGACGAUGAUUGAUACUCGGGGGCAAUCUUGCGGAUGGUCAAGGGGUAGGCUAGGCCAAAUGCAUUUUGGAUGUGGGCGGUCUCGACAAUGCCCAUUUGCUUGUGGUUUUGCCAGUGGGGGGAGUACGCUGUCACGUUAAACGAACGCCACGCGGCCACUUCGUCUGGCACGGGUACCUUUGACUCUAACGACGUCAUGGCGACAACCCAUUGUUGCCCUUUCGACGAGGAUUGGACAUGGUCGAAGACGCUGCGUUGCAACGCCGCACCCCAGCAUGGUUCCAUGAUCGCCCAGUCGGCAUUGCGUAGGAUCGAUUCGAGGUACAGUGCGCCGUUGGUUGCAUCGAGUUUGCACUUUACCUGGCGAGCUGCCGACACAGCCAUCUCCCACGACUGGCCGAAGUCGACAAAACAAUACGACGAGGCAAUCCACGGCAAGUCGCAGCUGUGCGUACUUCGCAACCCCACGACAACAGCGUGCAAAUCCGAGUGCACUUGGUCUUGAAUCGAUGCGGGAUACAUCGGCGCAGACAUGAUGGAGGUCUGAUUGGAAUCGUAGGUGUUGACGACGUCGCCAUAUUGGAGCUGGUCGAUGUGGGUCGCGUCUAAUGCAGGGGACAGUAACAGCUGGUUGCUGAACCAGUUCGUGAGAAACGUCUGAUGUCCCGUGGCAUUGAACGAGGCCCACCACACGUCAUUGGUCAUUGUCGAUUGGGUCACGACCAGGUAGGUAUAACUGGCUACGACGGUACCCACCAUGUAAACAAGCCCAAGGCAGGCAAACCCGAACAACCGAGAGGUAGCGUUCGAAACAGGUACAGCUUUGUAGGGAACGCUUGGCAAAAGAGGCGGGUUCUCAACCAUGAUGCUCGUAAACUUCGUUCGACGAAAUUUCCGCCAUAGUUUGAUGUCAAAUGCGAUAUCAUGGGGCAAAUGUAGCAGACCACACAUGACCGAAGCCACAGGUUCGAGCUUCUCCCCAUCGUCCACAUGCAGAUAGGACGUGGCGGCCGCUGGAGCCAGCACUUGGUUUCCACUGAACACGAUCGGCGUGGUAUGUUUCCAUGUCCUCAACAGCCACGCAGCGAGCCACAAGGUCACGGGCACGACAGCGCAGAUCGCCCAAAGCAACUUGAAGCGAGCGCUGCUGCCAAUCUCCACCACGCCACUGUCGCAUGUAAUCUGCGCUCCCAAUUGUCCAAGGACACAUGUCGGGUGUAUCACAGAUGUGACAUUAAGCCCCCUGGAUUGGUCGAGUACCAGAAGGACCCCCCAUACGACACACGAACUCGUGGGCAGAAACCAGCCGGCAUGGUGAGUCAUGGGGGAGAAAAUGUCCUGCAGGACGUACGUGAGCCACGUGCCUUCCCCUGCCAACAAGCACGACUCGACGAUGGAUCGAGGAGCCCACUCCAAUGUCGACAACCCACCGGAUUGGACAAAGGUUACGGGGACAGUGCUGAGAACGACGAGGGCGGUCAUACCUCGAAGAAACAGCAUCGGCCGACCGAUCCACACUGCUCCUGCGACGCGGUUAAACUGGAGCAAAUGGGUUCCGUCAAAUUGAAACCGAUACACCAGUGCGUAGAGCACAAUCAACGCCCCCACCCCCGUCAAUAGAAAUGUAACGUACACGGAAAUGUACCAAAUGUACUUGCACGCAUGGGACCGCAGCUCGGUGGGGUUUGCCACCAUGGAGAAUUUGACUGGAUGGGGUUGCGUUAACAGCGUCACAUUGCCGUGGUCUCCUUCAAAGUUGUACGCCUCUCGAUCCCCUUGCAGCCAGUCGUACAUCAUCACCCACCCAAACAUCGUCCACGGGUCCGAGGUAUCCGACGGCACCAUUGGCUGGGACAAGACAAAGCUGGAUCCAUUGUCGGAGGCUAGUUGUAUAAACGCAAUGUCCAAGGCCCUGGCUGCUUGAAGCAACUCCAGACUAGCCACCUCCGUGUCUAGGUGAAUGUUGUGCUGAAUAUCAAGCAAGUAACUCGCACAUGCGUCGGCAGUGUCGUUGGUGCAGAGUUGGCACGACAUCAGGACCUUGUCUGCACCAAGUGGCGUCAUGAUAUGCAUGGCAAAGAGAGCAGCUUCUGGUGUCAAACGAAGCGAAUGGCGGACUUGACUAGUGCAAUCGUCGUAAAAGCCAAACGAUGGCUGAAUAUACGGCUGCCCCUCUCCAAACGGGCACAUGGGGUUGCCACCAUAGUACAACGUAUAGGGGCUGCCGCGCCACGACGUAGGGAUUGGGUCCACAUACGUGACACGCAGCCGAGCUUUAUUGUCUUCGUUGUAAAUCACCGCCACUUGCUUUUGAAACGCUCGGUGAAACGCUUGCAGGAUGGGCGGAACGCCAACCCAUUCCACAUCAAUCGACAAGAACGGACCAAUGGUCUGCCGCACAAGAUUGGCGCCCACGGUGUUGGGAGGGUAGUACACGUCGUAAUCCCAAUCGAUCCCGAGGUUGGGUAAGCUGUUGUUGGCGUCCAAGAGAACGCUGGCGCCGAUACUGUGGCAAAUGUACAGGUCGUUCCAAAUCCCAUCGUACGCCGCCAAGGUAGUCCACCGGCCAACGCUGCGACCAAAUGUAGACAGUUUCUUGAUGUGCAUGGUUUGUUCGUACCCUAGGGCGUUUCGAAUCGCGAUCGAGUCGUCGAUGCCGUCCUGGUUCAAAUUCUGCAUAGGAGUCUUCCAUCUCGUCAGGCCUCGAGAGGUCCAGUACGCCACUUCGUCGUCCACAGGUAGGAGUUCUUGGUGGUUUUCCAUGGCUUGAAUCCACCACUGGCCCUCCUUGGUCAACCGCAACGUACUGAAAAUAGUGCCGUUGAUCUCUUGCCGUUGGGUUGUCGUGUACAUGGAGUUGGCCGCACAAUUGCGCGUCACAGUCUCCAUGUACAAUCCCGCGUUGGACUGUUUCGUGGCUUCGCAUCGACGUUGCCGUUUGAACGUAUGCGCCAUGGCAAAGGUUCGGUUGAUGUCCAGCCAACAAUACGGCGCGACCACCAUUAAAUUGACUUCCAAGUUGAGUUUCCGGAGUCCGUUCACGGCCAUGGCGAGGGGAAUCUCGUCCAGCAAGAGCUGGCGACCAUACGACGCGCUCCAUUCAAUGCGGGUGUCGUUGUUGGCAUAAGACUUUGUAGAGUACACCGACGAGUCCGAGUCGAAAAGCGGGAACGCCCCCCUUUGAGACUGCGAAAGGUGAACAUUGUACACAUCCCCAAGAAACGUCUGCACACCGGUCGAGUUGAAAUCUGGCCACCAGUAGUCGUUGGCCAAGCUCGGAUGGAUUCGUACCAAGUAUAAAGCACUGGACACGAGCGACACCACGAGGUACGCCAGGCCUCCAAAGGCAACCCACCGGGGGCGGCGCGGCGCGGUGGCGGCUGGUUCAGUCGCGUUCCCGACCGUCACACGCGUCAUCC